AUGGCUGAGUCCAACAAACUCAACAACGACCUCACCGAAAGCACAUACGUCAAAGUGUGCUCAGAUCAUAGCGAAACACAAUCAAGACAGAUAGUGACCUCUAAAUACAAGGACGAAAAGCUCAGCCCUCUCCAGAAACACGUUCAAUUCUGGGACCGCGACAAUGACGGCAUCAUCAACCCAUGGGACGUCUACAACGGCUUCCGCGAGCUCGGUUUCGGCCUUUUCUUCUCAAUAGGCUCUCUUCUCAUCCCCAUCUUCUUCUCGUAUCCAACACGGCUCGGUCAUAGUUGGCUCCCUGACCCCUUGUUCCGCAUCUAUGUCAAUGACAUCCACAAGGCCAAGCAUGGCUCUGAUACAGGCAUCUUCGACUUUGAUGGAAACUUCAGCCCCGAGAGAUUCGAGCAGAUGUUUCAGAGGUUCGAUACAUCAGGAGAUGGAGGCUUGAAUGCUGAUGACCUGUGGAGAUUAUGGGCGAAGGAUCGUUGUGCAGCAGAUCCCGCUGGUUGGACCUUUGCUUUCAUGGAGUGGUGGACAACAUAUGUGCUUCUCCAAGAGGAUGGAGUCGUGAAAAGGGAUGACUUGAGAGCCUGUUAUGACGGAAGCCUGUUUUGGAGGAUCAAAGACGAAAGAGGCAGACACAGCCAGUGCAUGGAUAGAAAGAGCUUUGGCAUGAGAAACUUCUUUGCUUCAAUUUAG